GGUGUGAAACGUUCCUCAGGCGGGGCGUAGCCUGUGGACUGGCGGAGGGAGCACCACUGCAUGGGGGCAAAGACGGAGCCUGGGAGGUGAUCAGUAGUUUCUCGUAGCCUGGUUUGGGAAAGGUUGUUCCUUAUCGGACCGAUGAAAGUGAAUGCCUGGACGGCUGACUCCAAUGGCUCUACCGAGAUGUGCGGGGUGAUUCCCGAGAUUAAAGGUGGGUAUACGAGCGGCAAGUCGGGAUGUGGUCUUCUGGGCAGGAAGGUAGGAAGUGAUGGUCCGGGAACUCGAGCUAAUGGACUGCACGUGGGAACCAAAACGAAUCGGGAGGGGAGUAGAGAUGUCUAUACCACCAAUGUGCAAAAAUACAAACCCAUAGGGAAGAAGGCGAAGCCGGUGUCGAUCCUAGUAGAAACAUCAAGGGAAGAGGUCAUGGAAAAGGAAGAGGAGAUCCUACGGGUUCUAAGGGAGAGACGCGCAACGGAAGGUCAUCGCAUACCAGAUGACGUAGCAGAUACCAUGAAAAUAACAGUGGAAGGGUUCCUAACACCGGAAGAAACUCAGUUGAUAAGAAAGGCAUGUCAGGAGUUUCAUUUAGCUUUCGCUUUCAACGAUCAUCAUAAAGGGCGAUUGGACGCAAAGCUAGUUCCCCCUGUCAGGAUCCACACCGUACAGCACAAGUGUUGGAAUGAUAAAGGGUCCGCCUAUGAGUUUGGGAUAGCAGCGGAGGUCACCGACCUGCUCAGAGCCGAGAUAAAUUCUUUCGUGGCUGAACCCACCGCAUCCCCCUACACGAACAAGUGGUUCGUGUUCAGGAAGCCUAAUAAGACGCUCAGGUGGAUCCAAGACGUGCAGAAGCUCAAUGCGGUAACAAUUGGGGACACAGGCUCGCUUCCACAGACCGAUUUGUUGGCAGAAUCUCAUGCGGGGCGGAGCAUUUACUCCCUGGUAGACUUGUACUCAGGAUAUGACCAGUUGCCGCUCGAUGCGAGGGAUAGACGGUACACCGCAAUGCACACCCCUGUAGGACAGUUGCAGAUGCAAGUGACCCCUAUGGGUUUCACAAAUGCGGUAGCAGAGGCGCAGAGGAGGAUGCUCGCCGUCACAGGGGAUAUGUUUCCAGAAAAGUGUGAACCGUAUAUAGAUGAUAAUCAUGUAAAAGGCGCAAGGUACAAGGACGAGACGGAGGUCGAGCCGGGUGUGCGAAAAUUUGUCUGGGAUCACCUGCAGGAUAUCAAGGAUCUCCUACAACGGUUCUUGCUCUAUAAUAUUACCGUAAGUGGGCCAAAGAGCAUCCUGGCUGUCCCGGAGGUUAUCUUAGCAGCACCUUGCUUCAAUGACGAAGUAGGACGGCCCUUCAUCCUAGAGACAGAUGGCGGCCCAAUGGCAGUAGGAGGCGUAUUGAUACAAAAAAGUGAGGAGGUUAAGGAAAGACCAAUCAGAUUCGAGAGUAGGACCUUGAAUUCAGCAGAACGGUGGUACUCGCAGUUCAAGAAGGAGGUCUUAGCCAUCCUACAUUGCCUGAAGACCUUCCAGGCAUAUCUGUUCGGAAGGCGAUUCAUCUUAAGGAUCGAUCCCACCAAUGUUGUCGGGGCACUGAAGAAUUACAAGCCUAUAGAUUCGAGCGUCGGUAGAUGGAUAGGCUUCAUAUGGCAGUUCGACAACAAGGUCGAGCGGAUCGCGGGGCUUCGAAACAGGGCAGAUGGGUUUAGUAGGGUAUGCAUCACGCCGGAGGGAACAGAGGACGCGGAACCAAUUGACGCCUUCUUAGAUUACGAAGGGGGGACCCUUGUCGUGGAUAACGAAAUGGCCGACUCAACGCUUACAACAGGCCAGCUGCUGAUUCAGACCUUGGAAAAGGGCAUGCCUGCAGUAGUUGCAGAACUAAGGGAAGGACCAGUCACCACGGUCAGGCGCAAAGAGGAAAAUGACUCGUGGGGAGCAGAAGUAGGGGCCAGAGAGGAACUGAUGGCAAUGUACGUGGAAGGGGGACGGGACGUCGUGAUGACGUUGGCCGAAACCUGGGCGCAGAAGGAGUGCCGGUACCUAGUCAACCAGACCCGGGAGGAGAAGGAUACGGAUCAGAAGGAACACGAAUUCUUCCUCAUACAAAUGUAUGAGGGCGUCUUUAGAGAAACCGGUCUGCUGCUUGUAGGGAACAAACAACCCACGGCAGUCACCUCCAAGGCAAGGGAGGAAGCUGAGAAGUACGUCUUAAGAAAUGACCACCUGUUUAAGAAAGAGAAAGGGAUGAUGCCUAGGUGUGUCAUUUGUGGAAGGUCUAGGCAGCUGAACGUAAUUCAGGCAAUGCAUGAUGGGCUAGCUGGGGGUCACCGGUCGUCAAAGGGGACACUUGCAAAGAUCGUGCCCCUGUAUUUUUGGCCAGGAAUGGCAGGCAUGGUCGCAAUGUACUGUCAGACGUGUCUGAUAUAUCAAGAGAGGAGCUCCGUACGAGUUUACGAGCCCCUUAGACCCACUCGGGUACUGGGACCCGGACACCUUGUUCACCUCGAUCUUGCGGUUAUGCCCGUAUCGACGGAUGGGUUUAGAUACAUCAUGGAUGCAAGGGAUAAUCUCCGUGGCUAUGUAGAGGCCGUAACCCUAAAAAAAAAGACGGGGAAAGCAGUGGUCGACUGGGUGGAAGAUUUCUACCUAAGACACCCCUUCGUGCGCAGGUUUAUAGCAGACAAUGGGACAUAAUUCGUUAACCAGGAGGUGUUGAUCAGGCUUAAGUCACUGUGCGUACCAAUCAAGAUUACUGAGCCCU